AUGGAGGGUGCUAUUCUAAGCACCCAGAGCAACAACAGAUUUCGUACGCACCUGAAGAAUGCAGCGACCGCUCUAUGCGCUCGGACCCUGCCCAAGUCCAGAUGCAGCGAGGCAUCAGGUACAGCCAAGCACCACACGUACCCCCGGGUGACACCGCCGAAGAGGGCGCCGAUUACCUGUCGCGUGGAGCCACUCAUAUGCGACUUGCAAGCGCCGAUGAAAUCGCAAGAUUCGAUUUCGUACGACGCCAAUCUUAUCUCUAUAAAGAGUAACGGCGUUAACGUGCGCGGAAACUUGGCGAGGGAGGUGGCGAGCGCCUGGGAGUGCCGUAUCGGCCCGCCCGACCAACCAGCCCCCGCCCACCGAGUCCAGAGCCUCUUCAACGACAUAGAGCUGUAUCCUACUAAGACUCAAGUUUUUGAAAUGCUCGUGUGCGCAAGGCAGUGUGCUCGACGGAAAUCUCUGAUCCUCACCUUCGGGGAGUUCUGCGUCUUUGCAGCUGAAUUGAGGAGGUGUUCUAGGCAGACUAGAUCGACGUCGAAUAAACCAGAGUCUCCCGUUUGGAGUGUAGACAAAGAGCUGAGGGACAAGGAUGGCGCCUGUAAGCAUGUUAACGGUAGCGAGGCGUCGCCAGCGCCGUGCGAGGUGUUCUUGGGCGGUUCCUGCAACCCAACUACGUGGAGGUCGGAUAUCGCGAUACCGAUGCUCAAGAAGAUGGGAAUCACUUAUUUUAAUCCUCAAGUAGACGACUGGUCGACGGAACUGAUAGAAGUGGAGCACCGCGCGAAAGCGGAGGCGCGUGCGCUCCUCUUUGUGUUAGACAGUGAAACGCGAGCGGUCGCUGCUUGUGUGGAAGCAGCACAUUUAGCUGCAGCUCCAAGGGAUUUGCUGCUCGUAUUGAGACCAUACUCCAGGCACCAAUGCAUUGGCAGGGAGACGAUUUCAGAUCAGGAGUAUAUUGAGUUGUCCCGAGCUCGAGCUACAUUACAAGAAGUGGUGGAGAGGCGAGGUUUGCCAGCAUUCACGGAUAUCCCAGCCGCAUUAAGAUGCGCUAGAGCAGUCCUGCGAGGCGCCAGAACGCAUCCGAGGCAUUCGCUAGGCCAUACAAUCCUGCGCUUGAAGCGAGCGUACGACGCGGCAGGCGGCCGAAACACCCGUUUGAGUCGCACGCGCGCUAUCGACGCGUUGAAGGAUGCGACGCGCGCGUCUAGGGAUCUAGCCGAACGCUGCCUACCGCCGAAUGCCGAUACGAUAGAUUUUGAAACGUUCUGUGCGGCUGUGGCUGAACUAGCAGCAGAUGCGGAAUAUCAAAGGAGUAACGGUCAAGAGAACGAGGCCUGCGGUGAUUCGGAGAAGGCUCAAGAGCGGGUAUCGCCGCUUGCGCAGAGGCGAGAUACAAACGGGUUACACGCAAGAAAUCCCAGAUUGCGUGCGCACGGGCAGAAGCUAUCCUUAUUUAUACCCAAGAAUGGCGGUAAAACGUCAGGGGAGACGACGCCCGGCUCUGGUGAAAGUAGCGGAGACAGUGUCUUCACGCCGGGGACAGAACGGAGACUCGAUCGGCUUCCCGCUAUGUUGGGUGCGCCUACGCAUCACGUUUACCUUGCCGGGACUUUCCCAUCCAACAGUACACGUCCCGAAGAAGUCCUACGCAGAGAGGGGUUCACGUAUGUAAUACCGCGAGUGAACGACUAUACGCGCAUGUUUUCUGCGCCCGCCCGUCGAUCUGCGCCAGCGCAUCCUGAAUCGCCGUGUCGAGACAAGAAGCCACGCCCAGCAUCUCCCACUUCGCCCUUAGAUGAUGUGGUCCUUCGUGACCGGACGGACGGGGAAAGAAGUGGGGACCGGCUAAGCGCUUCCGAUUUUUAUACAGUCUCGGAAGAUGUAACGCCGCAACCCUUCAAGGGCACGUACGACGAAGACCUUCUACUGGGUUCGCGUGUACUGGUGUUCUGCAUGUCCGCCUCGACGCCUAACUUUGCCACGAUGGUCCUCGCCGCGCACUAUAUGGGCCUGCGACCUGCUAACACGCUGCUAAUCGUGCAGCCGAUGCAGCCACCACCCACUGCAGCACAUAACUAUAGCGAAUCGGCAGUAAAAGACUACAACCGAGGCCGCCACUACCUAACGGACUUGGCUCGGCGCGCGUCAGUCCCCGUCUUCGAUAACGUGGACGAAGCUAUGGCCUGCGUGGUUGCCAGAUUGCGCGCGACACUAUAG